AUGACGGAAUCCAAGUCCCGCCCUCCAAGUAUCUUGCUGGAGCCUCCUCCAAAAGGCGUGGAAUUAGAAGACCCUGGAGCGCAUGAAUCGGCUGCGGAAAGCGAUGAUGAACAUUUCUCCGAUGCUUCUGAAGGCCGAAACCAUAGUGGCGCUGGAUCUCCCCGAAUUCAGAUCCCUUCACCUCGGGAAGGAGAAAGUGAUCAUCUAAACGUUCCUCUUAGCCCUGGUGGCUCUCCCAUUCCACGCACAGUCGUCGAGAAAGUUGACCUUGAGGACGCUAGCUACGGCGAAGAACCCGGCACACCUGCGUACGAGGCACGCAAAAUGGAUGCCGUUCCGGAUCUCGUCUACAAAGUAGGGGAAUGGCACCCCGAAUUUCCCGAGAGCACUUCAUUGAACCCGUCGGGGAGCCCUACUCCGAUCUCCCCUCCCGGGACCAUGCUGUCCCGUGUGGAUUCUCUGCCAGAAAGGACAACUUCGCCAUUGUCAUUCACCGCGCAUAAACGGAGCCCCAGCGAUGCCCAACCUGAUGUAGUGGUGGAUGUCUCAGAUCCCAAGGGCUCCCCCAGCUUGUCCGGGUAUAGCGCCUCGCCUCAAGAACUAGACCAGAACGUCGAUCCGACUAAUGACCCCGAGAAUAACAUUGCUGGUGAUGGAAAUGCGCCAUCCUUUGGAGAUGACUUUGACGAUUUCGAGGAAGGAAAUGAAAGUGCAGAACAGGAUGAUUUUGGUGACUUCGAUAACGAGUUUCAGGUGGCAUCUACAGAUACUGUUGUAGACUCUGGUCAGGGCCACAACAGGUAUAUAUCAAUGGAAGAGCCUUUUCCGACGUCAGCUUCUGCCCCCUUAGACUUCGGCUCUUUCGACUCCUUAUCAACGUUCCUCGAUGCUACAUCCGAUCAUCUUGAUAUGCUUUUCCCUAAAUCCACUAAUCUCCCUUCAGCUCAUCCUAUCGACCGCAUUCCCGACUCUUCUGCAAUAUUUAAUACUGAGCGCUCCUUAUCUCUAUGGUCACAACUCGUCGCGCCACCACCACUCCAACCCCCAAACUGGACAAAAUCUCGUAUCCGCCGCCUGUUCCUCGUCUCCCUCGGAGUCCCAGUCGACCUUGACGAAAUCCUACCAGCUUCUAAACAAAAAAAACUAGUCCUACCUUCGAUAACAACCCACGAUGCCUCUGGCCAAUCACGCAGCCGCCCCAAAAAGUCGCAAGAAGGCAGCGACCAGACUGCCCGUUCGUCCACAUCCACAGACGCCGCGCGCUCACGGUCGCGCAACCUUCCUUCGCGCCGUCGCAGACAACAGGCGCCACCAGAGUUGGAUCUAUCUGCUGUCCGGCGACUGUGCGCCACAACCGAUGCCGCUCUGGAUGGGCUUACAGACGAAGAGAUGCAACAUCACUUGAAGACCCUAGAAGAAAUGACGGUUCGUGCCAGUGAAGUGUUGGAAUAUUGGUUGAAGAAGAGAGAUGGCCAGGUUGGCGAAAAGGAGGCGUAUAACGGGGUCAUUGAGAAUUUAGUGAAGCACGCAAGACAGGUACGAAGCUGA